CCUGCUUUAAUCAUGUCAGUGGCUGAUUGUUCUGAUGUCGUACUGCGGUAGCUGCUCUGAUAAAGAUGAAUUUUUCCGAAGUGUUUAAACUUUCUAACCGGCUGUGCAAGUUCUCACCUAAUGGGAAGUAUCUGGCAUCAUGUACUCAGUAUAGGUUGGUGAUCCGAGAUGUUAGCACAUUACAGAUUCUUCAGCUCUACACCUGCCUAGAUCAGAUCCAGCACCUAGAGUGGUCCGCAGACUCUAUGUUCAUCCUGUGUGCUAUGUAUAAGAGAGGACUUGUACAGGUCUGGUCUCUGGAGCAGCCGGACUGGCACUGCAAGAUUGACGAAGGGUCAGCAGGACUUGUGUCUUCCUGCUGGAGCCCAGAUGGUCGUCACAUUCUCAACACAACAGAGUUUCAUUUGCGGAUAACGUUGUGGUCGCUUAGUGCAAAAUCGGUGUCAUACAUCAAGUAUCCUAAAGCAUGCCAACAAGGAAUCGCUUUCACAAAUGAUGGUCGCCACAUGGCUCUGGCAGAGAGACGGGACUGUAAAGAUUACAUUAGCAUUUUUGUGUGCAAUGACUGGCGCCUGCUAAGGCAUUUUGAAACGGAUACACAGGACCUUGCUGGCAUUGACUGGGCUCCUAACGGGUGUGUUCUUGCUGUAUGGGAUUCUUGUUUGGAGUACAAAGUGUUGUUUUACUCUUUGGAUGGUCGCUUAUUAUCAACCUACUGUGCUUACGAGUGGUCACUGGGUAUUAAAUCUAUUGCAUGGAGCCCGAGCAGUCAGUUCCUGGCUAUUGGCAGCUUUGAUGAAAAGGUUCGAAUACUCAACCAUGUGACAUGGAAGCCAAUCAAGGAAUUUGCUCAUUUAAGUACAGUCACCUAUCCAAAGGCU